AUGAACUGGCAGCAUCAAUCAGAUGGUUUGCAACAAAUCUUAACACUUUUACGUCAAUCUCAGUCGCCAGAUACUCAAAUACAACGCCAAGUACAAGCACGUUUAGAAGAAUUAAAUCGUUAUCCAGAUUUUAAUAAUUAUCUAGUUUAUAUUUUGACAAAGCUAACACAAGAAGAAGAAGCUACACGAUCUUUGUCCGGUCUUAUAUUAAAAAAUAAUGCCCGGACACAAUAUGAUCGAUUUCCAGAUGAUGUUAAAACAUAUAUUAAACAAGAAUGUUUACAAGCAAUUGGAGAUAGAUCAGCUCUUAUUCGAGCAACAGUGGGAAUUUUAAUAACCACCAUAGUUAGCAAAGGUUCUUUGCAGCAGUGGCCAUCUUUGUUAGAACAUUUAUAUCUAUGUUUGGAUUCUCCUGAUAUUGAUUUAUGUGAAGGUGCAUUUGGUGCACUACAAAAAAUAUGUGAAGAUUCUGCUGAUCAAUUAAAUUCUGACAUGAGUCAACCAUUAAAUGUUUUAAUUCCAAAAUUUAUCCAAUUUUUCCUCCAUUCACAACCAAAAAUUCGUUCACAUGCUAUUGCGUGUGUGAAUGAAUUUAUUACGCCACGUGCACAAUCACUAAUGGAUAAUAUUGACAAAUUUUUAGAAAAUUUAUUUCAAUUAGCGAAUGAUACAGAUGUUGAUGUUCGAAAACAUGUUUGUCGUGCAUUAGUGAUGUUAGUGGAGGUACGAAUUGAUCGUUUGAUUCCUCAUAUGCAGCAGAUUAUCGAAUAUAUGUUAUUAACAUCUCAAGAUCAAGAUGAUACAGUGGCAUUGGAAGCAUGUGAAUUUUGGUUAAUUAUUGCUGAUCAACCCAUUUGUCGUGACGUUAUUCAACCUUAUUUAGACAAAUUAUUACCUAUUCUAGUCAAAAAUAUGAAAUAUUCCGAAUUAGAUAUUGUUAUUUUGAGAGGUGAUGUGGACGAAGACGAACAUAUUCCGGAUCGUAUGGAGGAUAUUCGCCCUCGAUUUCAUCGCUCUCGAACACGACAACAUGGUGGAAGUGGUGAUCAUACAUCACUCUCACUAUCGUCACCAAAUUCCACGAAUUCAACCAAUCCAUUGCAAAAUUCUAAUUCAAUGACAGAUACAAAUAACAAUAAUACCGAACAGAAUAAUAAUGACGAAGAUGACGAAGAUGAUGAUGACGACGACACAACAGGGACGAGUUCUGAUCAAGCAACUGAAUGGAAUUUACGUAAAUGUUCAGCGGCUGCUCUCGAUGUUCUAUCUAACGUAUUUCGUGAGAUUAUCUUACCUGUAUUGUUACCAUUAUUACGUGAAAUGUUAUUUCAUCAAAAUUGGGGAAUUAAAGAAUCGGGUAUUCUUGUUUUGGGUGCAAUAGCUGAAGGAUGUUCAUAUAGUUUGACACCUCAUCUGCCCGAUCUAAUUCAAUAUCUUAUCACAUGUCUUAAUGAUAAAAAGCCUCUAGUACGAUCGAUUACAUGUUGGACACUCUCGAGAUAUUCAUCCUGGAUUGUACACAACGAAGUUCAGCAACAGAAAUUUUUAAUACCACUUAUGUCAGAACUGUUGAAAAGAAUUCUAGAUGCAAAUAAAAAAGUUCAAGAGGCCGCAUGUUCUGCGUUUGCCACUUUGGAAGAAGAAGCGUGUAUUCAAAUGGUACCUUAUUUGAAACAAAUUCUAGAAACUCUUGUUCAUGCAUUUCGUAAAUAUCAAGCUAAAAAUUUGUUGAUACUAUACGAUGCGAUUGGCACGUUAGCUGAUAGUGUUGGCAAUCAUUUGAAUCGCACUGAAUAUAUUCAAAUUUUAAUGCCACCACUUAUUGAACGAUGGAAUUCAUUAGCAAAUGAUGAUAAAGAUUUAUUUCCAUUGCUGGAAUGUUUAUCAUCAAUUGCCACAGCACUACAACAAGGUUUUUUACCCUACUGUGAACCAGUAUUUGUCAGAUGUAUUCUACUUGUUCAACAAACGAUUGAAUCCACAACGAUGGCACAAGGAACAGCUCAAACAACAGAACAAUCAGAUAAAGAUUUUAUGAUUGUAGCAUUAGAUCUAUUAUCUGGUUUAGCAGAAGGAUUAGGUUCAAAUAUUGAACAGUUAGUGGAACAAUCUAAUUUGUUAACAUUAUUAGAACGUUGUGUACAAGAUCCAAUGGCUGAAGUUCGACAAAGUUCAUUUGCUCUUUUGGGCGAUUUAACAAAAGCGUGUUUUCGUAAUGUUCGCUCGCAUUUAUCAUUUUUUCUUCCAGUUCUCACACAAAACUUGAAUCCGCAUCAUGUUAGUGUAUGUAACAAUGCAAUAUGGGCCAUCGGAGAAAUAUCGCUAGAAAUUGGACAAGAAAUUCAACCUUAUGUACCACAUAUUCUAGAUCAAUUAAUAACAAUUAUAAACAGGUCAAAUACACCAAAGACAUUGUUAGAAAACACAGCCAUCACUAUUGGACGAUUAGGCUUAGUAUGUUCUCAAUCUGUCGCUGCUGAUUUGCAACGUUUUAUUCGACCGUGGUGUGUUGCAUUGCGUAACAUUCGCGAUAAUGAUGAGAAAGAUUCAGCAUUUCGUGGCAUUUGUAAUAUGAUUAUGCUAAACCCAUUAGGCGUGGCAAAUGACUUUAUUUACGUGUGUGAUGCUAUUGCAUCGUGGGAUAAACCACCGCCAGAGCUACAUCAAAAAUUUCAACAAAUUUUAUUAACAUUUAAACAAGAAUUUGGACAAGAUCAAUGGCAACAAUUUACAGAUAGGUUUCCUAUCUCACUUAAACAACGUUUACAAACACAAUACGGGAUUUGA